UGGGACAGUGAGCGUACUGGCCAGCUUAAACACAGACACACGCACGCACGGCCUUCUCUCGCACGCACUCGCGGAGUUUUUCAAAGGGCGACGGACCUACUGAUCGACUUCAAACACCGUCAGUACUCCAUCCACACCGUGUUUCGGGAGACUGCUGGAGAAACUACUCAUAAAACAACAACAGCAGCAACAACAACAACACCUACUACUACUAUUUUUAUGUACUCGGGAGAGACUUCAACUGGGAUGGAUAACCUGCCUCCAUUUGCUCAAGACGCCAACGUCUCAUCCCUACAUUACCACGAGGUGACUUCCAACUUGUCAGCUUUUUCCUUCUCUGAUGGCGAGAACACUUCGUCAUCAUACAGUUCACAGGGAAGUCUGGAAUUCAUGCCGGGCCACGCCUCUGCCGACCUGGGAGUGCAAGAGAGCUACUGCCAAGGCUCCCAGCAUAGCCAAAGCAACGCUCCAACACAAUUUGUAAGUGGAUCUCAAGCUUGUAAUGCCUUCUACAACCCCGCGGAACAGCAGAUUCUUCAGCAGCAACUUGAUAUUAACCCAGGAACAGAUGAACUUCAAGCUUGCGCUUACACAGUUCCCAGCACCCAAGCGAUCUUCCUUCCUAACAACGAUCCACUCAUCAACUUCCCCCUUUCUCCUUCCACAUUUGAACAGAUACUUCAAUAUCCCUCUUACAGUGACGCAAAUGAACCCCAAGCUCCCUUUAAUUCAAUCCCGAGCACCCAAACGAUCUUCCAUCCUAACAACGAUCCACUCAUCAACUUCCCCCGUUCCCCUCCCACAGUAGAACAGAUACUUCAACAUCCCUCUUACAGUGACGCAAGAGUAAAUGAACUCCAAGCUCCCUAUAAUUCAAUCCCCAGCACCCAAACGAUCUUCCAUCCUAACAACGAUCCACUCAACAACUUUCCCCGUUCUCCUUCCACAUUUGAACAGAUACUUCAACAUCCCUCUUACAGUGACGCAAGAGAAAAUGAACCCCAAGCUCCCUUUAAUUCAAUCCCCAGCACCCAACCGAUCUUCCAUCCUAACAACGAUCCACUCAACAGCUUCCCCCGUUCCCCUCCCACAGCAGAACAGAUACUUCAACAUCCCUCUUACAGUGACGCAAGAGAAAAUGAAUCCCAAGCUCCCUUUAAUUCAAUCCCCAGCACCCAACCGAUCUUCCAUCCUAACAACGAUCCACUCAACAGCUUCCUCCUUCCUCCUCCCACAUUUGAACAGAUACUUCAACAUCCCUCUUACAGUGACGCAAGAGAAAAUGAACCCCAAGCUCCCUUUAAUUCAAUCCCCAGCACCCGAGAGAACAUUCAUCCUAGCAACGGCACAUUCAACGGCUUCCCCACGGAACAGCAGAUCUUUCAACACCCCUCGCACAAUGACCCAGGAGCAAAUGAACCCCAAUUUUUCGCUGCAAGAUUAGAGGACACGAGAAAAAACACUGUAAAGAAGAAUAUGCCAAGCCCCUCAAACCCCAUGCCUAUUCCUCCCCUGCGGAAAAAGGGAUCGAAGAAAAUGUAUGAAAAGGAGGAACAAGAUGAUCCGGCAUUGGAGAAGAAACGUCGACGUGCAAUACUCUCACAUCAGAGCCGGGAGAGGACGAGGAAGGAGAAGGAAAUGAUGACGAAAGAACUUGAAGAAUUAAAGGAUGAGGAAAGAAAGCUUAGACCGCAUAUACAGAGCAUGAGACAGAAUCUGGAGAGUCUUGGACAUACCCUUCCUCCUAGCCAAUACUUUUCAUCGUCAGUAGAGAAAGAAGAGGAGGAAGAGAAGAAGCGAUAUCACGCCUGAGGGAAUAGAGAGGCAUAAGGUGCUCUUUGUAUAGGGGGGUGG